CCGGGGCUGACGAGCCGGGCCGGGCCUUGGCCUUUCCGGCAGUUAAUUCCCAGUGAUUAAUUAGCGCAGGUGGUUUCUCCCCACCGCCCGGCGGAUCUCCCUCCCCUGGUCCCCGGGCCCGUCGCCUCUUCCCUGCGGAGCCCCGGGCCGGUCGUGCCCGCUGUCCGGCCGCCCCUCCGCGGCCGGUCCCGGGGCUGCCCGAGGCCGGUGCGGGGGCGCGGAGCGGAGCUGUCCAGCCGGGUGGGGACCCGGAGCCACCGCGGCGGGACGAGCGGUGCCCGGCGCUGGGGCAGAGCCCUCUGUGCUGGGCCUGGCUGCGCGGGGCUGAUGUGAAACGUCCAAACAGCAGCUGUGUCUGAGGGCACGUUGUGCUUCUGAGGUGUCUCGUGGGUCUCCUCACUCUGUGGUCCCUGCUCUGCUGCAGAACAUGGUGAUGAGUUUCCGAGUCUCAGAUCUUCAGGUGUUGCUGGGCUUUGUUGGCAGGAGUAAAAGCGGACUUAAACAUGAACUAGUCACCAGAGCAUUGCAAUUGGUCCAAUUUGACUGCAGCCCUGAAGUUUUCAAGAAAAUUAAGGAGCUCUAUGAGACUCGCUAUGCCAAGAAGAGCUCUGAAGUGGUGCAGCCCCAGCCGCAGCAGCACCGCUCUCCCGACACACUCUCCAUACAUUCGUCGUACGACCGCGGGAGCACCGUUGCUCGGACUUCUAUCUCCACGACUAAUAUUGACUAUCCUGUGCUCUAUGGGAAAUACCUUAACGGACUGGGAAGGUUGCCACCCAAAGUUGUGAAGCCUGAAGUUCGGCUGGUGAAACUUCCCUUCUAUACAACCCUGGAUGAACUGUUGAAGCCAACAGAAUUAGUUCCACAGAAUAACGAGAAGCUUCAGGAAAGUCCAUGCAUUUUCGCAUUAACACCAAGACAAGUGGAGCUGAUCAGGAAUUCCAGGGAGUUGCAACCCGGUGUGAAGUCGGUUCAGGUCGUGCUAAGAAUCUGUUACACGGACACUAGUUCUCCUCAGGAGGAUCAGUACCCUCCGAACAUCGCCGUGAAAGUGAACCACAGUUACUGCUCGGUGCCGGGCUACUACCCAUCAAACAAACCUGGAGUGGAACCUAAAAGGCCCUGUCGUCCCAUCAACCUCACCCACCUCAUGUACUUGUCUGCAGCGACCAAUCGCAUCACCGUCACCUGGGGGAAUUACGGGAAGAGCUAUUCCGUGGGGCUGUACUUGGUGCGGCAGAUGACCUCAGCAGAGCUGCUGCAGCGGUUGAAAACCAUCGGGAUCAAACAUCCAGAACUCUGCAAAGCACUGGUAAAAGAGAAGCUGCGCUUGGAUCCAGACAGUGAAAUUGCCACUACGGGUGUUCGUGUCUCUCUUAUCUGUCCGCUAGUGAAGAUGCGUCUGUCUGUCCCGUGCCGGGCGGAGACCUGUGCACACCUGCAAUGCUUUGAUGCAGUCUUCUACCUACAGAUGAACGAGAAAAAGCCCACGUGGAUGUGUCCUGUGUGUGACAAACCAGCACCCUACGACCAGCUCAUAAUUGACGGGCUCCUGUCAAAGAUCCUAACAGAAUGUGAAGAUGCGGAUGAAAUCGAGUACUUGGUGGAUGGCUCCUGGUGUCCCAUCAGAGCUGAGAAAGAGCGGAGCUGCAGCCCUCAGUGUCCAAUAUUAGUUCUAGUGCCACACAGCCCCGAGAGACCACAGGUGUCGGAUCAGGUGCCCUCACUGCUCCUCCCUCUCCAUCCUCCUCUCUCAGGUUCUUCAGAUGUGAACGGGCUCCUGCCCACUCCCAACGGGAACGGCGAGAACGGCAAGGCCCCCGCUGACGUUGUGGAUUUAACACUGGACAGCUCAUCAUCGGAGGAAGAGGAGGAGGAAGACGAGGAAGAUGACGACGAUGAUGAGGGACCCCAACCAAAACGACGCUGCUCUUAUGAGAAGGGUUUAGUUUCUGCCUGCUGACUGUGGAAGCAGCUCCGAAAGCUCAGAACGGACAGACUUGAAUACUCUGGUGCUUAUUAAACUGGAGGAGGGGGAGAACGUCCUCUCCCCCCUCAUCUCCCUGAUCUCCUUUGACUUUCCUGUUCCAGAUUAAUCAUUAAAAUGAGAGUUUAAAAAACAAAAAAAGAAAAAGCAAAAAAAAAAAAAAAAAGGAAAAAAAAAACCACAAAAAAUCCACAAAAACAAACCAUUGAGCUGCUUCUUGGUUGGAAAAUGACCCCACACACAAAGCCUGACCCUGGACUGGAGGCUGACGGAAGGAAAGUGUCUUAAGCGCGGCCGGCGGGACCCGCAGCUCGCUGGGACGGUCGGACCCGCCGGGGCUUCAGCUCUGUGCCGCAGGACGUCCGGCUCCCCUGCAUCUCCAAAGCUGCGUGCAUUUUUAUUGUCUUGUUAAAUAACCAUUCCUUAAUUAAUCUAAAGGUUUUACUGGACGCGGGAGUCCGGGGUGGGGAGGGAGGGCGAGCGGGGAGACGGGGCGGGCGGGCGAGGGGGGUUUGUAUAACCCAGCGAGCAUAGAGGGGGGUUUGUAGGGGUGGGACGGGGGGCGCGGGGGGGAAGAGCCGUACGAUUGGAAUCGCACUGUUCUAGCUAGGAGCUCCAGCAGCUCUGCACCUCAUGUAAAGAGACACGUUUCGAAUCUUUGAACCUAACCCCAAGGUAACGUAGAAAUUGUGCGUAGUGACUCGUUUUAGUUGAGCAGAAGCCAUGGGGGGGGGCGGGGGGGGGGGGGCGGGAGGGGCUCGAACCACAAAUCUGUUGUAUUUUUGAAGUGCAAUAACUUGGUGUUUUUGAAGACUUAAAAGGGCUGCGCGUUCCCUUUUGGUUGCGGUUUGUUUCUGGAGGCGGUGGCGGUGACCUGCAGGACGGCUGGACCCUGGUGCUGCGCGGGGGCCGCUGGGGCCUCCGCCCAACGCCGGGGGGGGGAAUCUCAGUUUUUUUUAGCCAACUACCUCGGUAAAACUCCAAUUCAGGUUUGUUUCGGUGGCAGCGGCGCGGCCCCGCUGGCAGGGCGAGGACAGAGCCGGGACCCCCCGCCACGCGCUCUCGGCCUCGGGACGUUCCGCUUCUCCGUUCGAGACUUCGGUCCCAGACCCAAAGCCACUGCGAUGCUCUCGGUGGCGCAAAUGUUGUCGUUCGGUUUUGGGUUUUGUUUGGUUUGUUUCUUUUGAGUUUCCAAGCGGUUUGACUUUGUCGUAGCGAGUUCUCGUCGUUAACGUUGCGCGAGCGGCUCCGCUCUUCCCGCCGGGCUCCGGACCUCGCCGGCUUCGCUCAUCUCGAGUUGUGAAUCAAACCAGGUGAAGGGAAGCGGGUUGUUCUUCUUCCAAACCCGGGGGUGGAAACGGCAGCACCAAAGCGCUUGUUGAGAUAAAACACAGCGGCUGCUCUCUGACCAGCACAAAACCCACCAAGGUCCACCCGCAAUGAUUUAAAAUGCUUGUUAGUGACUUGCCCGAAAAGCAAAGGAUUCUCCUCUAAAGCUGCUGGGCAGGAGCUUCGUCCUGUGGGGCAUUCGGAGGUUUCCUCCCCACGUUGUCCCGUUUCUCGGGGAUCCCCAAACCCCCAGCUGGGGGUUCCGGCUUCGCUUGUGCUGCUCGCCCCCCCCGUCAAACAAAACUUGAAGGCAAGAGAUGGGGAUGAAACCCCCGUGUUUAUCCCCAAUCCCGUUGUGCGGCGCCGGGGCCGGGGAACCGCGGCUGCUCCGCUGCUUCCAGAGCAGAACUAAGGGAAACCCUUAGUUCUGUGACUUGGGCUUCUCCUUAUCUUCCUUUUCCCUUCUGGUUGUGCAUAAGCAAUAUGUUUUCAGGCUGAAACGGGGGCGGGAAGGGGAUUCAAACACACACACCUGGGUAGAGCUCAACGGUUCAGUGCGUGGAGCCCUGUGCUUCGCGCCCCGGCCGCACAGGAGCUUCGGAGUCCAGUUUUUCCCUAAUACUUGUAUUCUAAUUUAAUUGCUUUUCAGCUUUCCAGGCCAAGCCCCUGUUUGGAAACAUCACGCUUCUGUUAGUGCUCUGUUUGCGUUGGCCAGCUCUUCCUGUACAUAUGUUGUUUCUUAUAUCCCGUUUCUUUCUUUUUUUUGUAAAGAGAAGAGAAAAAACAGAAAAAGAAGAUUAUUUUUCUUUCCCUCAGUACACGUUCUUCAAAGUUCAAAUUAUAGUGUUUGUUAAAUAAAAUGAAAGAUUUACAUUUAA